AUGGCUGGCACCAGAUCUCCUUGUGGCUCCACUGACCCAGCGACGUGGUGCUCAACCGCCUUCAUCGCCUUUGUCGAGAGAUUGCGCCUUUUCGCUCUGCAGCACGCAAAGCCGAAAACUCUAGUCGGCAGCGCUUCCGGCCAGCGCACUGCUGCCAGCACUGCUGCCCCUCGGACGCCUGUAGCCCAGCGCACACUUUAUUCGCCGUCUUUGCCGCAGGCCUCGGGCCCAAACGGGAAGGGCACACCGGCCCGUGCUCAAUCGAUAGCGCGAGAUGACUCAUCGACAGAAUGA